AAAACGCCAUUAACAAUACUGAUGACUUAGAACAAUUACACGAAUUAGGAGUUAAAUUAAGAGAGGAAGUAGCCAGAAAAGAACUCUCCAAAAAAAAAAGCAAAGUAGUUAAAGCUGGAAGUAGUGAUAAUGCUAUGGUUGAAUUGCAAAAGAAAGUUAGCGAUUUGACCAAUGAUAAAGAUAAUUUGGAUAAAGAACUAAAGCAGAAACAACAACAAAUCCUAAAUCACAAGUGCGAUACUCCCAAUAGUGAGGAAUUGAACCAAUUGAAAGAGGACUUAAAAAAGGCUAAUGAGGAAAAGGAAGAAUUAGAAAGAAAGUUGAAUGAACCAAUCCCCUCCCAAGAAAAAGAGGAGGACACCAAAGAUUUAAGUAUUGAGGAAUUACGAACCAAACUAAAUGAAAAGAAUAUAGUAAUUGGGAAACUUCAAGCCCGGUUGGAUAAGAUGGAGAAAAAUGGACCUGAUAUUUUGUCGGAGAAUAAAAAUAAUCCUGGUAAAAGUAGUGGAGCGGUAUCUGAAUUAGAAGCAAAAGUAAACGAACAACAGCAAGAAAUCAAUAAAUAUAAGCAAUUAAUAGCGAAUAUUGAAGGGCUGAUUAAAAUAAGCAAUCAGGGCCAAAAUAUAGACUUAUUUAGCAUGCAGAAAGAAUUAACACUGCCAGAGCAGACUGAUGCAUUAUUAAAAAGGCUCGAAGAGGGGGGAUUAAGACUAAUAGUGCCAAACAACGGGGAAUAUAAGGCUGUAAUAAUGAAAAAGACCGAAUAUGACGACAUUUUAAAACACAACAGGGAAGCAGUCGAGGAAUUAAUUAAGAGAGGCCAGGAAAUAGAAAAACAGCCUGAUAAUGUAGUGGACGCGGCCAAAGAAAAGUUAAAACAAGAGGAAAGAGACCGGCAAUGCCAAGGCUGUUUUGAAUAUUUUUCAAAAGAAAGUUUAAAAGAAGCGAAAGGAAACAAUUACUGCUCUGCCUGUUAUAAAUACGCAAAGAAAGAGGAAAAGGAACGAGCAGACAUAAAAAGCAUGAAAAAGAUGACUCUAGAAAAGAGGCCUUGCAAAGUCUGUUUGAAGGAUUUCAUUCCCAAACAUAGAUUGAAGCAGAUUUGUUCUCCUAAAUGUCAACGAGAAAGAGAUAAAUAUUACAAAGAAAGAAUUGAUGCCAAAAAACCUAAGAAAAAGUUUAGCAAGGCAAUAUGUAUUGUUUGCCAAAAGAAAUUCAUUAAAAAGAAAGUGCAGCAAAACCCUUUCUAUCGCAGUCAAAAGAUGAAAGAAAGCAGAGAGAGAAAAAAAACCCCCCCUCCACCUAAAAUGUGUGAGAUUUGUGAUAGACCAAUUCCUCCUAAAAGAAAAUUGAAUGCUAUAACUUGCUCUCAAAUGGUUGCAGAUAGUAGAAGAAUAAUCUUACUGCCCCGUAAUGACAAAGAAAAAGGACUACUAGAAAAAGCAGUCGCAGAAAAUAAGAAUUGGAUAGAAAUAACCGAUCCUAAAAUAUUAAAAACUUUUUCUGCUUAUAAUUCAUCAAUCAAGCAAGAUAAAUGUAAUUCUUGCCAAAAAGAUACGGCAGUUAUGCAAUUGCCGAUCAUUAAGACUACUGCCGGAAAACAAGUUGCCGAAGAAGAUAAGAAAAUGAAUAAUUUUUGCUACAAUUGUAUAAGAGAAAUGCGGUUGGAUCUCAUUAGUCGCGAGAAAAUAAACAAAGUUUACACCAAUAAAAGCCAAGAGGCAGUAAGUGAAAAUAGUCAACAAUUAAUGAUUGAAUUUCUACAAAAAAUGGAAAAGUUUUUUGAAGAUUUUGAAAAAGGUGAGAUUAGAAAGUGUAUCUUUUGCGAAAAAGACGAAACGGAAAAAAUAAUGGCUAGUGGCGAAGAUUAUGAUUACUCGGCCUAUUAUGCAAAAUUGGAACCCAACCAAGGAGUUUGUGUAGAUUGUUUUAGGUUAGUCAAGGAGGAGAGGGCCAAAAGUAGUGACAUAAAAAGUGAUAAAAUCCGUAUUGCCAAAAUUAUUACGGAAAAAGCAGGCAAAGAAUGA